ACGGGCGGCGGGCGGGGAGCGAACUACCGGUCCCCGGGAGGAAGCGGGGGCGGCAGAGCCGGGGCCGGGAGCGGGGCCGCGGCCCGGGAGAGGGAUGCGGUGGCGGCCCGGGACGUUGCCUCGCUGCUGGAGGCGGUACGAUGCACCCGGCCGUGGCGGUGGGGCUGGUGUUCGGCGGCUGCUGCAGCAACGUGGUGUUUCUGGAGCUGCUGGUCAGGCAGUUUCCAGGAUGUGGGAACAUAGUGACAUUCUCCCAGUUCCUAUUUAUUGCCGUGGAAGGCUUUAUCUUCGAGGCCAACUUUGGGAGGAAGAAGCCGGCCAUACCAAUAAGGUACUAUUUCAUCAUGGUGGCCAUGUUCUUCACUGUCAGUGUGGUGAAUAACUAUGCCCUGAACUUAAAUAUCGCCAUGCCACUGCACAUGAUCUUCAGAUCGGGCUCUCUCAUAGCAAGCAUGGCUCUAGGUGUCAUCAUUUUGAAGAAAAGGUACAGCGUAUCUAAAUACACGUCCAUCGCCCUGGUGUCCCUGGGGAUCUUCACCUGCACUUUCAUGUCUGCAAAGCAAGUGGCAUCUGACUCCAGCUUAAACGAAGAGGACAGUCUCCAGGUUUUCUUGUGGUGGCUGCUGGGUAUUGCCGCACUCACCUUCGCCCUCCUCAUGUCUGCCAGGAUGGGGAUUUUCCAGGAGACGCUGUACAAGCAGUUUGGGAAGCACUCCAAAGAGGCCCUUUUUUACAAUCACGCGUUACCACUCCCUGGUUUUCUCCUUCUUGCCCCAAACAUCUACCACCACGCAGUCCUCUUCAGCCAGUCCGAGCCGUUCCAGGUCCCAGUGAUCGGGCUGACACUGCCAAUCAUGUGGUUCUACCUCCUCAUGAACGUCGUCACUCAUGUCCCCCUUACCUCUGCCCACCCAGAUACGUCUGCAUCCGAGGCGUCUUCAUCCUCACCACGGAGUGCACGUCCCUCACCGUGACGCUGGUGGUGACGCUGCGCAAGUUCGUCAGCCUCAUCUUCUCCAUCCUCUACUUCCGCAACCCCUUCACGGGCUGGCACUGGCUGGGCACCGCCUUCGUCUUCGUGGGAACCCUCAUGUACACGGAGGUGUGGAACAGCCUCGGGCCCUUCCUGGCCCGCUGGAGGAAGAGGCCGAAGGAGGAGUAACAGCCGGGGACACUUGCAGGGACCUUUUUAUUGUUUUAUAGAGCAGAGCAGCAGGAAUCCCCCAGAGAGGAGUUGUUUUUAUAACAUGGGGGAGGUGUUGGCUGUGCCAAACUCCUGGGGAAACGUGGACCCUCCUCUGGGAACCUGCCCAAAAUGGAUCAUGGAGAGACGAUACGGUUACUUUUUUGCAAGGCUGCAUUUUUUUUAUGCAACCCCUUUUGCUUCCAGCCUCUCCCCCUGUUGUUUUUGGGGUUUUUUUUGUUUGAAUAGCCCUUUUUAAGUAAUGUAAAAGCUGACCUAGUGCUGUUAGGAGCCCAACCUAGUUGUGGUGCUGUUGUCCACUCCUCCUGGCUUUGACAAGCUGGAUCCUGAGCCUAUUUGGUGCCGUCCUUUUGUGUCCUGGUGACCGUAGCAGAUGACUGAGCCCCCGGGAGCUGCUGUUUGUUCAGCAGAUUUUUAGCUACCAUGGAAAUGUCAGGCCUGGCUCUUAACCCAAGUCCUUGUUGUGUGAUACCUUUUCUGGGAGGACAUUGGACUUGCCUUUAGCUCCCACCUUCUCUAGAUGUUCCAGUCUGCCCAGUAGAUCCUCCACUGGGAAACGGUGCGGGGGGCUGAUUCCAAAGCCACCACGUCCCCACCACGAGUAGCAGGGCCUAGUUGGGAGCCUGAGGAAACCAAAAAGGGAUGACGCUAAGGGGACAGCAAGCAUCGCUGUGUCACCGUUGCAGCAUUCUCAGGGAGACGGUGACGUGCUGCUGGGGCUUCGCUGAGUCCUCAGAUGUUGCCCUGAUGCUUCAGGGUGUUGCGGGCUCCUCCUGCUGUGGUUAUGUCCUCAGGACAGGUCACUUUUUGGUUGUUUCCUGCUUUUUCCCUCAUUACACGCGUGUUCCAUGGGCUUUGUUACCAGCAGUCAGCUGUAAUGAUUUGUGCUGAGCCCCCAGCGCGCCUGGAGCGCCCCCACAUCCAGCCCAACCUCAGGGUUCAAGUGAUGCCAAGAAACUUAAGAAAGGCCAGUAAAGCUAAGCUUAUUUCUGCUGCUGGGGCGAGUGAGCUGGUUUUGUGUCCCUUCACCCAGUUCUUCCCUUUUCUUCUCCCACCUCUUGGGCAUCAGCUUCGCUCGCGGCUUUUCUGUGUAUUACAGCAGCAUCCACCUGGCGCAGGACGGUUGUCCCUUAGUGUCACGCCUCAGCUGGGACAGGAGUGGCCUUCAGGAGCUUUGGGUGUCUGUCCCCAUUGCGCAGGUGACAUGAGGAGCAGCCACAUCUCUUCUAGGAGCUGCUCGAUGUUGGGCAGAGUGAGGGUUAUAAUAACACACUUGGAGCAGCAGCAUUGGUUUUCCCAGAGCACUUUAUUCUCAUCACCGUGACACUGUCCCUGCUCAGCCGUGACAAUUAACACAUCCGGCAACGUCAACCUGAUUCCCAUCCAGCUGGGCCAAGUAAGGACUAUAUUCCGUUAUUCCUCCGCGCGGCGUCCCGACAGUUUCCAGCCUCGGUGUUUACGACCCCUCCUGUGUUUAAACUUGCGCUUGUGGUGGGUUAAACCCGACCGGCCAUGAUGCACCUGUGCCCCAUAUCAACAAGGGGGAUAGGAAGAGCAAAAGCGAGAAAAAAUAUGAGUAAAGAUGGUUUAAUAAGCAAUAGAAAGAAGACAACCUACAAGUGAUGCAAAGGCAACCAUGCACCACCUCCCACCGUCAGACCUACGCCCAGCCAGUCCCGCCUUCCCCAAAGAAACCCUUAGUCUCUGUUUUUAUUGCUGGUUUUUAUCUGCAUCAGUUGUCCUGGCUGUGCCCCCUCCCAGCUUCUUGCCCACCCGUGGGGGGCAGCGUGGGGAAAAAAGAGAAAGGGCUUGAUGCUGUGCAAGCGCUGCAAAGUUUGUGUUGUGUCAGCACCGUUUUAGCUUCAGAUCCAAAACCCGGCACCGUACGGGCCACCACGAAAAAUCUCCAUCCCAACCAGAGUCGCUAUGAUGCUGACGGGGCCUCGCUCCUUCCUGAGCUACUGAUGGGUGUUUUUCUCUCCUGGUUUUGAUUUUUCCCGAGUCUGAAGAGCCUCUUGUAUUUUGGGAUGUUUUGUAGAUGGGGAGAUGUUUUCUCAACAGCUGUCCCAGUUCAGGUCUCACUUCCAGCUCCAGAAGGACCCAGAGAGAGGCAAAAACCUUCAUCCUUCAUCUUCAACGCUAUUUACACGGAGCUCCAGCUGAGACAGGGAGGUGUGGGAAGGCAGCGCGAAAGCAUCAGGGACACUGGGUAAAUCUUGGGGUUCAUCAAGGCUUAAAACACAUGGGUGCGACAUGAGGCUGGAACACAGGAGCUGUAACCCGUGGUCCACUGUGGCCGUGGUUGCUGUCACCUGGGCUGAGGAUCUAAGCAAAGCAAGAGCUGAGCUGGUGCCUGAGCGAGUGGGACGUUCUGCACGUAAACUACUCACCAGGUCACACUUUUAAUGGAGGAAAUCGCACGUUGCAAUUGUGUGACGCCGGUAGGUUUGGAGAUGGUUGGGUUGCUCUGUUUUUUUGAACCGUGUGCUGUACUCAGUCUUCACUCAAACCAGAUGUCAACGCUGGGUUAUUAUUUGUUGUCAUUGGUGAUUUUUUUAACUUUGCGGUGUGAUCUGUGUGUUUUUGAGUAUUUAUAAUUGUCACAGUGUCACCGAAGUGGCAGCGAUUCCUCCCCUGCUGUAGGAGAGCAGGUGACUUUGCCUGGUCAUUAAUGGAGGAAAGGCCUGUGCAGAUGUUUUGCCAAAACUAGUAUUUGUAUCCAGGCUACUGAUUUGUUUGGUUUUAAUGUUUGCUGUAGAGAUUAUAUUAAUAGCACUUAUUUUUAUUUAGCAGAGGCUGGAAAAGUGGGUGAGCCAAAGUACUUUUUGAUCAGCGUUCUCGAUUUGCAGAACUUCUGGGUUAGUCAGCUCGGUUUAGGGUGGUAUUUUUGUUUUGGUUUGGUUUUUUAAGCAAAAUAAAUAUGUAUCCUCUUCAAAA